AUGCUCGUCAUUUGGAAGCGGAGCGCCCAGCACUUUGCGGAAGGUAAGAUUGAACGAGCCGGACAGUUGAUACGGAUUGCUAAGUUUGACAGGAUCUUGCGUGAAUGUGCCAAGUACUUCGAACAGGGCUUUAUUAAGCCCAUCCGACCUAUCAAGACCUUCGCAGCUAGCGAGAUCGGAGAUGCGUUCCGGUUCAUGCAGAGAGGAACCCACAUUGGCAAACUUACCGUUCGCAUGCCUGAUGAUCUCAAGGAUCUUCCUUGUGCUGCUCGCCAUCCAGAUCUACCUUUGCAUGAAGAUGCAAGCUACCUGCUUGUUGGGGGCCUUGGUGGCGUUGGACGAUCAAUCGCCUCUUGGCUCGUCGAAAACGGUGCCAAACAUAUUGUCUUCCUUUCGCGGUCGGGGCGAUCUGAGAAGACCGAGCAUUUCAUCCAAGAAUUGGAAGUCCUGGGUUGCCAGGUCCAGGUCUUCAAAGGCUCGGUCGCUAACUUUGACGAUGUACAACAAGUUGCAACCCAAGCAGAGAAGCCCAUUCGCGGCGCUAUACAGUUGUCAAUGGCUCUCCAGGUAGGAUCCUUGUGA